AUGGCAACACGAGACUUGACGCGUCAGUUCUUGCAGCUACGUACGGAUGAAAAGGCCAAGGUAUUACGACGUAAGAACAUUGUGAGUCGUCGAGAAGAAGAAGAAGAAGAAGCAGAUGAUGAUGCUAAUGGGUUUAGAAAGAACAAGAAGAAGAUGAAGGAGAUGAAUAGUAUUGUUAUUAUUGGUCCAGAAUGGGUGAAUGUUGUAAAUGUGACGAAUCAACACGUAGCCCGGAUUAAAGAAAUGAUGGAAAAGCUCCAUAAACUUCAUACGAGUCGCUUGAUGGUGCGUUUUGACGGUUCGGAAUCAAAGUAUGAGCAGGAGAUUGAUUACGUGACGUUAGAAAUCACGAACGAGUUUCGCAGUGCUGAAAAAGAAUUACGACGGAUGGCUCAGAGGGAUUGGAAUAAAGAGUUCUCAGCUGCUGACGCCAAAACGAGACAGAAUGUACAAAGAGCUUUGGCAACGCAACUACAGAAAUUGUCAAGUGACUUUCGAAAGUCACAAAAGACAUAUCUUGCACGCGUAAAGAACCAGAAAGAGGGUCCAGUAGAGUUUGAUUUCUUGACUGAGAAUGAUACUAAGCAGAAACGACAUGGUAGACUUGAGACGGGAUUUACAACAACGCAAGUCACCGAGGUCGAGAUUGCCGAGGACGUUAUUAACGAGCGUGAUCAGGAAAUUCAACGUAUUGCUGCGUCUAUCACGGAGUUGGCGACAAUAUUUAAGGAACUAGCCGUGCUUGUUAUCGACCAGGGCACGAUCCUAGACCGCAUUGAUUAUAACAUGGAACAGGUCGUGGAGCAGACGGAAAAGGGUAUUGAAGAGCUAGAGAAAGCUGAGAAAACGCAGAAGAAUAGUCGACCUAUGAAAUGUAUUGGUCUGCUGCUCGUGAUGAUCUUCAUUAUGACUGUGCUGCUCGUGCUUAAACAUUCGUAG